ACCGUUAGAUUGGAGCGCAUCAACGAUCGUCAACUUUACACAAAAUCGACCGUUGUAUUUCCUUACCUCCAUUUAUAUACCGCCAUUUCUACUUUCUUCAUUACAUCCUUUCAUCAUAGCAGGCAAACUCACUUUCAGAGAAAGCGGUGGGAUCAAGAUCUACAACAAAAAUGGCUACAAGACCUCUUCAUCAGAAUCAAGUUAGAGGUGCAGUUCAGCAGAAGAAUGGUGAAGGAGAAAGAAAAAAUAGGACAGCUUUAGGAGACAUCGGAAAUGUAGUCACUACUAGAGGAGUUCCUGCCAUUAAUGGAGUCAUCAAACCUUCGGCGAUUAAUCGUCCUCUCACAAGGAGUUUCCGUGCUCAACUUGUUGCUAAUGCUCAAAUUGCUGUUGACAAAAAGAAGAAACAAGGAGAACAAGCAGUGGAUCUUAAUAUUGGUGGGGUAAGAAAACCAGGAGGAGUAGGAGCAUUAGCACAAAAAAAGCAAGAAAAGAAGAAAACUGAAGAAGAAAUGGUGGUAACAAAAACCCCAUCUUAUGAACAUAGGAAACAAAAGCAAAAACAUGUUUCUCACAAGAAAUCAGCAAGUCUUACUUCUUUUAUGACUGCUAGAAGUAAAGAAGCUUGUGGGCUAACUAAAAAACCUCAAGAAUUGAUUGUAAAUAUUGAUGAAGGAAGUUUAGAAGAUGAAUUAGCAGUUGUUGAGUAUGUUGAAGUCAUUUAUAAGUUCUACAAAAUGGCCGAAGAUGAAAACCGAUUGAUCGAUUACAUGGGUUCGCAGCCUGAUAUCAACGAUAAAAUGAGAUCAAUUUUGGUCGAUUGGUUGAUCGAAGUACAUUACAAGUUUGAGUUAAGGAAAGAAACACUUUACCUUACUAUAAACAUCAUUGAUAGGUUUCUUUCAAUGAUGGUUGUUCCAAGGAAAGAGCUUCAAUUAGUGGGUAUUGCUUCUAUGCUUUUAGCUUGCAAGUAUGAAGAAAUUUGGGCUCCUGAGGUAAAUGAUUUUGUUCAUAUAGCAGAUAAGGCAUAUGUUAGAGAACAGGUUUUAGCUAUGGAGAAAGUAAUAUUAGAGAAGUUGGAAUGGUAUUUGACAGUCCCUACUCCAUACAUGUUUCUCACAAGAUAUAUUAAGGCUUCUAUUCCUGCUGAUUCUGAGAUGGAGAGCAUGGUGUAUUUCUAUGCUGAGCUUGGGAUCAUGAAUUACUCGACGACAAUCAAGUACCCUCCGUCAAUUCUGGCUGCAUCGAGCGUGUACGCUGCACGCUGCACGCUGAAUAGCAGUCCUUCUUGGACCGAAACACUCAAGCAUUACACAGGCCAUUCAGCAAGCCAGCUUAUGGAAUGUGCUAGGCUGUUAGUGAGCUUUCAUGUGGCGGCACCGGAAAGCAAACUCAGAGCAGUUUACAAGAAGUUCUCAAAACCCGAAAAUGGCACUGUCGCCCUCCGGUCUCCUGCCAAAGCCCUUUUGGCAUCUACUUCAUGAAUUUUACUGUCAAAGUUGUUAUUUUAGUGAUGAAAUCUCUAGGUUUAAUCAUUAAAUUUGUAAUGGUCUGGUUAUUAUUAAUUGAAGUUGAUAUGUAAUGUAACCACAUUUUGAAGAAGUCACAUUGUAUGCAAGUUAAGGAGUCAGAAAAUUGUACGGAAUUUGUUUUAAGUUGGAAUCGAAAAUUAUCGGAAAUUUUCAAGUAA